AACUGAGCUGCGGGUCGUUGCCAUGGCUUCUUAGUUCGCUGUGGCCGGCCGGGGGCAACACAGCUAGGCGCCCCCUAGCUUCGCGCGGGACUCGGACUGGAAAGCGGAAGGAAUCCGCGCGGUGUGUCCGCUGUGUGCGGGGACCCGGGAGGCGGAGCGGGGAAGGCGGCGGGAGAACCCGGGAAGUGACUUCUUUCGGAUUUACCGAGUGUACCGCCUCUCCGCAGCCCACUCCCACUGCUCUUGAGCAGCCGUGGUGUGGAGGCAUGGCAGUGAGCCACUCAGUGAAGGAGCGGACCAUCUCAGAGAACAGCCUGAUCAUCCUGCUGCAGGGCCUCCAGGGCCAGGUGACCACUGUGGACCUGCGGGAUGAGAGCGUGGCUCGCGGACGCAUAGACAAUGUCGAUGCAUUCAUGAACAUCCGCCUGGCCAAUGUCACCUACACGGACCGUCAGGGUCACCAGGUCGAGUUGGAUGACCUCUUUGUGACCGGCCGGAAUGUCCGUUAUGUCCACAUCCCUGAUGAUGUGAACAUCACUGCAACAAUUGAGCAUCAGCUGCAGCUCAUCCAUCGGGUGCGCAACUUUGGUGGCAAGGGCCAAGGCCGGCGGGAAUUUCCCUCCAAAAAGUAUAAGUGAGGCUGUGCCCUCAGCAAGCUCCAGCCCCAUCUCAGGUUCCUCCAGUGUUCUUCUGAGCCAGAUCCCUGCCAUCUUUCCCUGCCCAGAACCUUGGAAAAGACCAGGGCCAGCCCAGAAACUGGUGUCCAACAGAUACCACCUGUCACAGCUGCCUUUCUUAGGGUUCCAUCCUCCCAGACUCAGAUUCUGGAACCCAGAAUCCUAUCUAUCAGUGGCCUUGGGGUAGGUGACAGUCCCCCUUUUUGAUCAUUUACAUCUGAAUCUCUGAUUUGCUGAUUUAGGGAAUCUGUCAAAUAGUUUUCACCCUUCUCCCAGUGAGGAUUAUUGAAUGUACUCACCUGAAACACCCCUCAGUGUCCCCAUAUCUCUUGUAAUUGUGUUCAUUUUCCCAUAAAAUCAGACUUGGAUAC